AGCUAAAGGUAUAACUAAUACUUCUCUAAAAACAAUCACUUUUGAUGAUUAUUAUAACUGUUUAUUUAAUAAAACUGAAAUUUACACUAAUGAACAACUAAUUCGUAGUAAAAAACAUGAAGUAUAUACAAUAAACCAAAAAAAAAUUGCCCUGACACCACAUGAUGAUAAAAGAAUUGUUAAUUAUAUAUUUACAGAUACAUUACCAUGGGGAUAUAACCAAUGAGUUUAUCCACUUAUUAUUAUCAUUAUUAUUUUUAAUUACCUUUCAAUUUUGAAGUAACUCAGACAAUGGAACAAGAACAAGUUCCAAUCUUAAAAUAUAACAAAAUUGUUUCACAUGCCUUUGAACCAACCAAAGGUAGUUUAAGAGCAGCAGGGUAUGAUUUGAAAAGUCUGCUAAAUACUAUUGUACCAGCGAAGGGUAAAGCAACAAUUCCAACUGGUAUAAAAUUGGAAUUACCUAAAAAUUGCUAUGGUAGAAUAGCACCAAGGUCUGGUUUGGCUGUAAACCACUUUAUUGAUGUGGGAGCAGGAGUUAUUGACGAAGAUUACAGAGGAGAGAUUAAAGUGGUUUUAUUCAACCAUUCAGAUGAAGAUUUUCAUGUUCAAAUUGGAGACAGAGUAGCACAAAUUAUCUGUGAACGAAUAUUCUGCCCGCUACUACAGGAAGAAGAAAAAUCCAUUUCGAACACAGAACGUGGUGAAGAUGGAUUUGGUUCUACGGGGAAAUAAUAAUAAUUUCAUAUCUCUAUCUUUCUCCCUCCCCAUUUUCUUACUAUAUAAGUAAAAAGAUCAUCAAUCUGUUUUUAUUAUUAUUAAUGUAUACAAACACCAUGGUAAAAACAAAUAUUACAGAAAUUGAAGCAAAAACAAAGAUUACAGAAGAGUACUUAAACAGAAGACCUUUACUUAAGUAUGAAUAUAAAAGAUUAGUUGGCAGUGUGUAAUGAUCCUCAGGAAAUGACAUGUAAUGAUUUAAAAAGACUUGCAGAAAACUCAAAGGUACCAGAAGCUGUUAAACAAGUCGUCAGAGAAAAAAUGGAUCUACGACAAACACUUAUACGACAAGCAUUUAUACGACGA